AUGGUCAAGCUCAAUUUCGACAUUGACGAGGAUGCACUCUUGAAGACUUACAAGCUCUCUUCAGUAUCAGCAACGAGAUGGGAGGAAGUUGACCAGGAGAUGGACCAGGCGGUCCUUACAGGCCCCGCCGAAGUGGACACAGACCCGCUGGGGUUGGGAACAGCCAUUGACUUGCGGGAACUGGACUCGGAAACUAAGACCCAAGUCCUCAUCACCUCCAAUUCACCGAAUGCCAACUUCCAAGACCUUUCUCGAGGCAUCGAUCAUCUUCGUGCCUCCUUGGAUUCGCGGUCGGAAGCUAUCCGUGUUCUGGUCGAGGAGAACUUCGAUCGCUUCGUUGCAGUGAAGGCUUCUACAGAUGCCUUGUAUGCGGUGAUGAAGGAGGGAGUUCUGGCUGACCAAACUGAGUACGCGUCCAAGCCUUUAACAGACCACCUGAAGGCCGGAGCGCAGAAAGCGGAUCAAAUUUUCCUUCCCGUACUGGAGAAUGCGAUGAAAGCACAGAAGCUCCGUACUACUUUGGGCGUGUUCGACCGGUCCAAAUUCUUCUUCAAUCUACCUAGUGCCCUUGUUCAGUCCAUCGAGCAGGGUCGGUAUGAAGCGGCAAUGCGGGAUUAUAAGAAGGGGAAGCUCAUGCUCGAGACACGGCCGGACCAGCUACUCCCUGUAGGGGCCACUAAGGAAGGGCAAUCUACGGAGAGCGCAAGGCAGCAGCAGAAGCGCAUCCUCGAUAAGGUCUGGGCCACGGUGGAGAAAGUCAUGGGUCAGAUGCGCAGCGAGCUUUCUUCCAAGCUUCAAGAACCUUCACGAAGUGUUGAGGAGCAAGAGAAGACCAUCGAGAUUCUGUAUGAGUUCACCUCUGGAGACGAUCCCGCCUGGACAUUCUUCGACGCCCAGCACAAGCACAUCAUACAAAGUAUGCGGGAUACGUACAACAGCUCUGUCAAGACCAUCACAUCCCUUAACAGCAAGGAAACUGCCCCCGGUCCCGACAAUGGUUCAUUCAACCGUGAGCUAGCUUCCCAGCUACAAGUUUGUCUCCAAGCAGUCGAAGGUUCGCAAGCAGAUGUUGUCAUAGCAUCUGCCGGUGGACAUGAGGUCUGGGAUGCCAUUCAGACCAUGGUGAAGAACGUGACCGAAGCGAUGCUUACCCCAUUGCCAAGCUUUUGGAGGAUAUCCAAAGCUUUCAUGGACGGGCGGUUCAAAAAGAAUCCGACCAUCUCCUCGCGCAGAAGUCCUCGACAAUGCAUGACGAUGGCACUUGACAUCAUCAAACUAUACAUCACUCUCCUCUCCGAGUUAUUCAUGUUCUCCGAUAUGGCCGUGAAGUCCCCGGGAGCCGCCUCAACUCCAACAUGUUUCCCUAAGUGUUCGAAUGUCCUCACGACCUCUCAUCACCUCAUGAAAAUCCUUGGAGAAAUUCAAGACAGCGUCAACGACGUGUCGGGGCUCGAUAUUACCAGUGAGGCAACUUCAAGUUUGAGAUCUCUCCUUGACAGUGCCCGGUGGAAAUUUGAGGACCACAUUAUCGCUACUUGGCACCGAGAUGCCAGUGUGUUUUACCACCUCGAGAACUGGGUUGGCUCCACGACGGUGCCAUACACGACAGUCUACCUCUCCCACAUUCGCACCUUCCAGAAACAAGUCACCACUGCCGCGUUUAAAAUCGCCGGCGGGGUCGAUCUCUCUUCAUCCUCACGACAGACGAAGCAGAACGCCAUCUCUCCAGAGUUCGUCACGAAGAUCACGAAGGCGUUCCUAGACGCGCUUUAUGCGUUCCUGGACGGCCUCGUCCACCUUGGGUCCGACGAGAGCCCUACUUCAACGGCCCCAAUGCCACUGCCACCUCCCACUUCUUCCGUCCCGGGAAGCAACCCGCUUGAGCUUGUCCCAAUCGACGAACCGGCUACUCGCAUCCUGCUCAUAGUGUCCAACUUCGGCCACUUGGGGGAGGGCCUCAUCCCGAGCAUGAUCACAGAGCUCGGUACAGCGCUGAACAUAUCGAUGUCCGACGAAAAGCUUACGUUGAUGCAAGCCGUGAAAGAGUUGGACAAGACGCUCUUCGAGUCCUACUUCAAACCGAAGUCUACUGCGCUCACCACCAUCGUACGCAAUGGCAUCCUCGAUCCCGAGAUGGACUGGUAUGAGACCCCGCAACCAAAGGAGAUUAGGCCGUUUGUCUACCAGACGCUUAUGUAUCUCGUUGGAGUCCACGCACAAGUCGGCGCAGCUGCUGCUCCUCUCCUGGAACGUACGCUGAACGCACUCGUGGAGGAUGUGGCCGAGGAGGCGCUUCGUUGCUUCCGGCAGGUCAAGCGAUUCGGCAUGGGCGGCAUGCUCCGCGCAACGCUUGAAAUUGAGUUCAUGCAUCAAACCUUGUCUCGCUACGUUACCACCUCAGCCGACAAGACCCUAUCCGAGCUCUACACCAAGAUCUCGCAAGCAUACGCCAAGCGGCCAGGCGACGAGAAUCUGCAGUCGCAUCUCGACGGCGUGAAACGCACGUUGGCAGAUGCCCGGCGAGCGACCGGCAUCGAAUUCCUGUGCUUCCGCCAGACGAAAGAUCGCUCGAAGGAGAAGAGUAGGGACGGGGAUGGCGCAAAGCGCGAGAGGGACAGGUCAGAGCGGCGUAGAGCAAGAUAA